AUGGAAGGCUUUGGGGGAGGAAAGAUCUUGUUUGGAGAAAUUGAAGUAGUCCAAGUGUCUGUCAUGGAGAAAGUAUGGAGCUCCCCUGAUAACAAAGGAGUUACCUUUUACAAGCCCCUGCAAAUUCCAGAGGGCUUUUUCGUCCUUGGCCAUUAUGGGUGUCCUAAUGCACAACGACCCCUUAAAUCACCAUUCUUUCUAGUUAGUAUUACGCAAGAUAGAAGCAAUAUGAAAGGGGAAAUUAUAUUAGCAGGUCCACCAUUGGAAGAGCCUUCAGACUAUAAUUUGGUUUGGAGUAGCAAUGAAGGGCAAGUUUACUUUUGGGUUCCUCAAGCACCAGAGGGAUACAAAGCUCUGGGCUGUGUUGUCACAAAUACUCCAGCAAAGCCCACAUCAAAGGAAUUGGUGAUGUGUGUUCGCUCUGACCUUACAGAUACCUGUCAAACAGAGGGAGCCAUUUGGAGUAACAAAUCAUUCACUGCUUGGAAUAUAAGGCCUAAAGUUAGAGGGACAAAAGCUGCAGGGGUCUAUGUGGGUACAUUCUACUGCCAAACUGGUGGAUUGACCCCUAAUGAUCCUCUACCUAUUGCCUGCCUCAAGAAUUGUAAUCUUGACAAGUUUACUGCCAUGCCAAAUGUGGACCAAAUCAAUGAAUUGCUGUACAAGUAUGGACCUACUGUCUUCUUCCAUCCAUAUGAAAAGUACAUGCCUUCAUCAGUGGACUGGUUUUUCCAGAAUGGGGCACUCUUGUACAGCAAGGGUUCUGCAGUAGGAGCACAACCCAUAGAGGCCAAUGGCUCAAAUCUUCCUCAGGGAGGUGACCCAGAUGAUGGGAGCUACUGGCUGGAUUUGCCUAAAGAUGGUGCAGCUGCCACAAGGGUCAAACAGGGAGAUCUACAGAGUGCUGAAGCCUAUGUGCACAUUAAACCCAUGUUGGGAGGGACAUGUAGUGACAUAGAAAUGUGGUUAUUUUAUCCUUUCAAUGGUCCUAGGAGCCUCAAGGUGCAGCUGUUUCAUAAUAUAAGUCUGGGUAGAAUAGGGCAGCAUGGAGGUGAUUGGGAGCAUUUUACUCUCAGAAUCAAUAACCUCACAGGCAAGUUAUGGAGAGUUUAUCUGUCACAACACAGCAGUGGGCAAUGGUUGGACACCUCAGAGCUGGAAUACAGUGAAGGAAGCAGUGAUAGAGCUGUCAUCUAUUCUAGCAAGGAUGGCCAUGCAAGUUAUCCUGAAGAAGGAGACUUCCUUCAAGGGAAUACAAAGCUUCAAAUUGGUCUAAGGAAUGAUACAAAGAGAAGCAAAUAUGUUUUAGACACAAGUAUGCAAUUUCAAAUCAUAUCAGCAGAUUACAUGCAGCCUCAACCUCUGCAAGAGCCUCCAUGGCUGCAGUAUAUGAGAAACUGGGGACCUACUGUUGUUUAUGAUACAAGAGCAGAGCUAGACAGAGCAUUGAAGAUCCUGCCCUCUAAACUGAGACAUUCUGUAGAGGAUUUCUUCAAUAAAGACAUACCUGAAGAACUUUCUAGUGAGAAGGGACCUACUGGACCUAAAGCUAAAGAAAGUUGGGAAGGUGAUGAAAAGGAAAAAGCAUAG